AUGCAGAAACUGCAUCCUCUUUCAAAGUUCCCAGGGCCAUGGUAUGCGUCCUCGUUCUCCGUCUUUGGGGCCAUAGUCUCUGUAUUGCACAAAGAGCCUCAGUUCUUUAUGUACUUGGUAGAGAAAUAUGGAACGGACAGCCCCAUUCGCAUCUCUCCUACGAUGCUGCUCUUCCCCAAGCCUUCCGCCCUCAAGGACAUCUAUCGGGAUCCACAAUGCAACACAAGGGGCGGCAUGUAUGACAGUGGGGCUUUGGGUCCCCCGCAUUUGGUUUCUACGAUAGACGGCGAGAAGCAUCGUGUCUUACGCAAAGCUUUGUCGAAUGCGCCAUGGUCUAUUGGUCCACUGAAGAAUGCAUGGGAACCUCGCUUCGAUGAACAGGUCUUUCUUCUUAUCAAGAAGCUGAAAGAACAUGCGGAAGCUAAACGCACCAUUUGCCUCUCCGACAAGGUUGCGGAAUUUGCGGCAGACAUCCUCAGCAUCAUCUCAUUCACCCAACCCUUUGGUAGUGUCGAGAAUCAGCGCGAUGAGAAGUAUCUAUUGACCAACUGGCGCAAGGGCCUAACAUUCUUCGGCUUCUCGGGAAGGUGUCGAUUCUUCAGAGAAAGGAUUCUGCGACUUCCUGUUGUAGGUUCCUUGCUACUACCAACUACAUCCAAUGAUUAUGGAAUGGGCUGGUUGAUGGGCGAAGCGGACCGUCAGGUUACCAGGCGGGAGCAGCAGAACAAGGAGAAACCAUUUGAUGGGAGGCCAGACUUCCUGCAGCACUGCCUUGAUGCCCGUUACUCAGAUGGCUCUCCACUGACUCCAACGCAAAAGCGUGCUCAUGUCACACUUCUCUAUCAAGCUGGAGCAGACACCACUGGUACGGCGCUAGGAUGUAUCCUUCGACUAAUCUUGACAGACCCUUCUACGCUGGCACGUGUCCGAGCUGAGCUUGAUGCCGCAGAGUCGUCUGGCCUUCUAUCAACACCCAUCCGUUAUGACGAGACCCUCCAGCAUCUCCCGUUUUUUGUUGCAUGCAUCAAAGAAGGUCUUCGCCUCUUUCCACCGGCCCCCAACCUGUUCCCUAGAGUGAUACCAAAAGAGGGUAAAGUCAUUGAUGGACAUUAUGUACCUGGUGGAAUGGAUGUAACCAGCCAUGCAUUUACUGUCCAACGUGACAAAGAAUUCUACGGGCAAGAUGCUGAGGACUUUAAGCCUGAUAUGUGGUUGCAGAGCGAGAAAAGAAACUUUGAGCUGGAGGCGGCUCAGUUUACAUUCGGUAUCGGAGCUAGAAUAUGUCUAGGCAAAGAUGUUGCGAAGUUAGAGAUGUACAAGGUGUUACCAGAGAUCAUUCGUCGAUUCGACAUCCAAGUCAAGAAGCCCGGUAGCUAUGUCGUCGAUGGCGGAGUGGCUUAUAACGUCGACUUUCUGGUUGAGCUGACUCUAUUUAGAGUCGCACACCAACUCCCAUCAUGGGAUGCACGAACAAUCCUCACAAUGCAUCUACUUACACUCAGUACUCUUCUUGCCUUUGGUAGCAUCGCCGUAUGCACGCCUCUCGACCCUCGGCAGCAAACAGCUACAGCGCUUGAUGCUGCCAUCAAGGCGCGAGGCCGUUCAUACAUCGGUACUUCUUUGACAAUCCGCAAUGACAACACUGAGCAAAACAUUAUCCGCAGUGCAGAGUUUGGCUCCAUUACGCCUGAGAAUGCGAUGAAAUGGGAUGCCACAGAACCCAACCGGGGUCAGUUUAACUGGGGAAGUGCAGAUGCUAUCGCGAACUUUGCGACCCAAAAUGGAAAGCAAAUGCGCUGCCAUACGUUGGUUUGGUACAGUCAAUUGCCGGGUUGGGUGAACCAAAUCAACAACAAUGCUACAUUGAUGAGCGUAAUGGAAAACCACAUCAAACAGGUCAUGGGAAGAUACAAGGGAAAGUGCACUCACUGGGACGUCGUCAACGAAGCUCUCAAUGAAGACGGUACAAACAGAGACAACGUCUUCCUCCGUUUAAUUGGGGAGCAGUACCUUCCCAUCGCCUUCCGCAUGGCCGCAGCUGCCGACCCAUCGGCAAAACUCUACUACAACGACUACAACCUCGAAUACGGCACGGCCAAGCACCUCGGCGCCCUCCGAAUCGUCAAACUCGUGCAAUCCUGGGGCGUCAAGAUCGAUGGCGUAGGUCUACAGGGUCACCUGGUUUCUGAGCCGACUGGCACUCAGAGCGAAGUAACACCGAGUGUUGCAGUAUUGACCAAAGUGCUGCAAGAUUAUGCGAACCUAGGUGUCGAUGUUGCGUACACGGAGCUCGACGUACGAUCCCGUACCCCGAGCAAUACGCAGAAAUUGGCGGAUGCGGCAGCAGCUUGGGCGAGAAUUGCCCAGAGUUGCAUCAACGUGCAACGUUGUGUUGGCAUGACCAUAUGG